AUGGAGCCAUUGAAAACCAAAUCGGUAACCGUUCUAACACAAAAAUGGUUCCCUGUUUCGAUUAAUUCACAAAGCAAGGAAGCCCCCGUUUCAAUCACAAAAAGAACAUAUAACUAUUUCGGAGUUGAUGGGCCAUUGGUAAUCCUUGAUAAAGUGAAGGGCCCUAAGUUUCAAGAAAUAAUUAAUAUUCGUUUAGGGGAUGAAACAACUAGACGUGGUCAAAUCCUAGAAGUUGAUGGGGAAAAGAAGAUUUGGCAACAGCUUCAGCACUACUCUCAGUUCCCAGACUUCAACAACUAUCUCGUUUUCAUCCUAGCACGAGCCGAGGUUUUCUAUCUCCGUUUAUCUCUGUUUGCUAUCUCCGUUUACCUUUUCCAUGAGUCCUUGUUUAAACUGGCAGUGGCUAAUUCUACAUCAGCGACUUUCUUACGUGUUGUUGGAAGUGAAUUAAUUCAGAAGUACUUGGGAGAUGGCCCAAAAUUAGUUAGGGAACUCUUCAGAGUUGUUGAUGAUAUUUCCCCUUCAAUUGUCUUCAUUGAUGAAAUUGAUGCAGUUUGUACUAAGAGCUUUUAA